AUGUGUGACAGAUUUAAGGAUAGCACAGGCAAAAAGUUACUACAACUUUUAAAUUCUGAAAGUGAUGAAAAUAAAGAAAAUUGUGACCGCAAUCUAAUCAAAGAAGAUUCCGAGGAGAUAGUACACAAUAAUAUUCCUAAGGAUGAUAAUACCAAAGAAUGUUUCAAAAAUUCAGAUAAUGUUACAACUUUUGAAGCUUGGAAAGAAGCUCAGCCUAUUGCCCAUUGCAGUUACAAUCCGCCUGAAAAUAAAUCUUCAUUUACCGAGCCACCACCCGCUGCUUAUGAAUCGUAUUCGGAAGAUGACGAUGAUUCAGUAAAAGAUCCUCACUACAAGUCUAGUUCCUCCAGUAGGUCAUCUAGUUCUUCUAGCAGUUCUUCGAGCACUUCUACGUCAACUGCGAUAACGAACAAUGUACAAGUAUUACCAACUAACGGUCAAGUGGAACCAGUCUCGAUCCAGACUUCUGCUGAAACAAAUAACGAAGAAAUACAAGAAGCAGUACAAAAUGAGAAUGAAUCAAUAAACCAAGAUGAAAUAGUCGAUCAGAAUAUUUCCAUGAACGAAAUAGAAGAAAAUAGUAAUGUUAAGAAAAGUAGAAAGCGCGUUGCAAGGGUUGAAGAGUGGCUUAGUAAUAAAGCGAAAAAAUUACGAAAUACUGGCAAAUGUUACAUUUCCAGAUCUAAAACCAAGAAAAUUAUACCGGCACGUUCUUUGAAACCACCUUGUGGCGAUAAAUGCAAAAUGCAAUGUUCUACUAAAAUUGACGAGGACUGCAGGAAGAAGAUUUUUGCUAAAUAUUGGGGCUUAGAUAGAUAG